AUGACUGAAAAGAGAAUCAGUAAGUUGAAGUUGAAGAAGCUUUUUUCGAAGUCACCUGUGAACAGUAGCGCAGAUGCUUCGUCCUCAGAUGCUUCAGAAGAACAAUCAAAGAAACCUCAGGCUCAGAAGCCCGAUGCUGAAAUUAGCUCAGGGGUCAAACAGAAUGAUGCCUUAUCGAACAAUGACACCGUAUGUUCCAUCAAUUCUAAGGGUUCUCAUGGCCCUAAAUCGUCAGAAGACGGUAAGGCUGAGGAUUCCUCGAAUGUCGAUCAAAAUGAUAAGGCGGAAAACUCCAUUGAAGGUGAAGCCUCUGAGACCCAAGAAAGUCUGGAGAAGAAGCAUGUUACAGAAGAAGCAGAAGCUGAGAAGUCAGAAAAAAUCGAAAGCUCCGACCAGUCAAUGAAGCUGGCAAACGGGGCUGUUGAAGGGACGCCUCUGUCUCAAACGGAUUCUGAUAAGGCCAAGCCCAGUAAGAAUAACUCUUCUCAAAAAGUGACACUGGACGCUGCCUCCGAAACCUCGUUGAGGUCUUCUCCAGGGUUUAUCGCGAUGGACCUUGGCUUUGAUGAAGAAGGACUUGGAAGCCCAUUCAAAGCUAAUGAGGGGUUCAAGCCUCUGGGAAUCGUUCAAGAUAUUGAAGAGCCAGACAAAGAUGACAUUACUUCCAUGCUUCCAAUUUCUGCCCACAAUAAUACCAAGGGCAAUGACCUCAAUUCUUUUUACUCCGCUGCUGGUCUGAGCGUUCAUCAGAAACACAGUAGAAAGAACAGUUUACUCGGGGAGGAGCUCGAAAGCCAAAUCGGAACCAAGACAGUGGACUACGGUGACAACGUUCGUGUGUCUUCUCGUGGUCUGCACACUUUUGUGGUCAUGGACAAGAAGUUGUUUGAAGACAGAGAGGAGGCUUUGAUCCGUCUUCUUGGGGAUUCGAAAUAUUCCAAUUUCAACCAGUCAUACACGAAAAACACCAAGGAGGAAACUGGUAGAGAACAGACAGAGUCAAAAUCUCCAAAGCAAGUUGAUUCCAAGGAAAGUGCAAGCCUGGGUGAAAAGAAGGAAACUGAGACACAGGAGGAUGCUUUAGGAAAGAAGGCUACCAAGAGGCGCAAGCUGGUCUGGGACCGCGUGUUGAACAGAAUGCCCAAAAAGGAAACUCCUGUUCAGUAG